UUCUAUCUCUCUCUUUCUCUCUCUUGUAUCGAUGAAAGAGACGAGUAGGGCUUAAUCAGUUAGUCGAUAGGCAAAUUGGCUUAAAGACACCAACCGACCGGGUGGUUUACAGAAGCAGCAACCCCCGUGCAGUGGCCAGUGGUUGAGUGGUGAACCAACUGUCUCUCUUUCUCUCUCUCUCUCUUUAUCUUACUAUUCCUGUCUAUCUCUAUCUCUCUAUCUCUCUAUCCCUUUCUCUCUCUACCACUAUUCUUCGGUUUUCCGUAAAACGAUCGACAAGUUCUACGAUAACGACGAGAGAACGACAGUUGCGUGUCCUCGAUCGUCGUUCCAGGGGUUUCGUCGAGGAAUCGUGCGAGGAAAAGAGAGAAUGAGAGAAAUAAUAAAGAAGGGCUGCAGUGAAUAAUUCCGCGUACAACGUUAAACUCCCCCGAAAUAAAUUAAAAAAAAAAAACACAAAAAUAUAGGAAUAUAGCGGAAUAUUUGGUGUACGUAAUCUGGCAGCCACGUGCGAUGACAACAAAAUACUAUUGCUAUUGCUAUCAAAGGAGACGAGAGUAUCCAGUGAAUUGUGUCUAAAGUUUGUCACCAUUGUACUUAGAGAUCGAUGAUCUUUCGCGACAAACUGGACCGACUUCGGAUCGACGAUCGUUCGAUCGGUAACUCGCUCAUACCUUCGAUCGCUUAUGUGAGAAAACAACGUUGCUGUUGUAACUCAUCCUCGUGACAACGUCGUCAAACGUAUAUACGAAAGGGUUCCUCAAUUUAACAACGAAUACCAAAAGUGUUUGCGAUCUGGAUUGGCUGUGCGAGCCUCGAUUUAAAUAUAGACGACGACGACGACUACUACUACUACUACUAUUAGGACGCAGUGGAUUGGGUGAGGAAAAUCGGCACGAUAGAAUGUGCAGCUGUUCGGAAUGACGAGACACUCUCUGGUGAUCCUAUGCUGCUACCUGUACACGCUGUUUGACAUGGCAGCCUUACAUUUUCCCGAGAAAGUAUGUGAACCGGUUCUUUCCACGGAGGUCGAAGGGUGGCAUAUUAAAGUCGAUAGCCUAUCGUCUAGUACAAUUCGACUUUCGGCGAGAAAGCGCGGGUACCGGUUUUUUCCCAAGAUCGAAAGAGAAGCCGACCAAGAGGAUUACGGUAGAAAAGAGGCAUCUUUAUCGUUAAGAGACAUCCUACCGAUAAAUCCGAAGCAAUACGACAAGCACAGAGCACCGAAAUUUUUGGGACAACCUACCAUCGUUUAUUUUCACGUCACCGUUCUCAGCCUAGAUUCUAUUAACGAAGAAUCUAUGACCUACGUCGCUGAUAUUUUUUUGGCUCAAAGCUGGCGUGACUCUAGAUUAAGAUUACCAGAGAAUAUGUCGGAAGAGUACAGAAUAUUGGACGUUGAUUGGUUGAACAAUAUUUGGAGACCGGAUUGUUUUUUCAAGAACGCGAAAAAAGUUACUUUUCACGAAAUGUCCAUACCGAAUCAUUAUCUUUGGCUUUAUCACGAUAAAACAUUACUGUACAUGUCCAAGUUGACUCUGGUACUCUCUUGUGCGAUGAAGUUCGAAUCUUAUCCUCAUGAUACUCAAAUUUGUUCAAUGAUGAUAGAAAGCUUAUCACAUACGACGCAAGAUUUGGUCUUCAUAUGGAACAUGACCGAUCCGUUAGUAGUAAAUCCCGAAAUUGAACUGCCACAGCUGGAUAUAUCGAACAACUAUACGACCGAUUGUACAAUCGAGUAUUCAACUGGAAACUUCACGUGCAUUCAGAUCGUUUUUAAUCUAAGAAGAAGAUUAGGAUACCACCUGUUUCAUACGUACAUACCUUCAGCCCUUAUCGUUGUAAUGUCCUGGAUUGCCUUCUGGAUCAAACCUGAAGCAAUUCCAGCUCGUGUUACGCUUGGCGUAACAUCACUCCUCACACUUGCAACUCAGAAUACACAGUCUCAACAAUCGUUACCACCCGUUUCGUAUGUGAAAGCCAUUGACGUAUGGAUGUCAUCGUGCAGCGUCUUUGUAUUCCUGUCUCUUAUGGAAUUCGCCGUAGUCAAUAAUUACAUGGGUCCUGUUGCAACGAAAGCCAUGAAAGGCUACUCCGAUGAGGAUCUUAGGGAAGCUAUCGAUGAAUUUAAGACCCCGAUGAGGCCCGAUUCCGAGAGAAGCAGAAGUCCCGUAAGGCCACCUACCGUCCAGUACGAUACUUGCUGUCAAGGUAGGGCGACGGCAAUUUACAUCGACAAAGUCUCCAGAUUCUUCUUCCCCUUCUCAUUUUUCAUCCUGAACGUCGUUUAUUGGAGCACCUUCCUAUAAAAUAAGAAGAAUCUCCGCCACGUUGCUGAUUAAUCGAUCAGCGAACAUAGACAUUCACAAAAAAUCGAAAAAAACGUGAUUCAGUAGUGCCUUUUAUACAGUGUUGAUAAAAAGUUAGCUAAUGUUUUUAAGACUUAUCGUUUGGCUUGAAAUAAUGAAACUAAUGUAAGUUUAUAUAUAAACGAAUAUUUUAUGAUCCAUUAUUUACCACGUUUGUGUUAUCUAUAAUUAUAUAGAAAUCAAAAAUGUUUGAUAUGCAACAAGGAAAAAUGUGAACGAAUUUAUCAAAUUGACUAUAAUUCAAAAACUACACCGUAAUAUAUUUACAGAAAUUCUUCAUUAUUUAAAUCUAAACAACUUUAUUAUCAUCCUGUAUAAAAUCUAUACUUAUAAAUCGUAUCAAUAUUAACG